GUAAGGACCCUGGCUCCCUGCUGAGUCCCUCAGUUAAACUUCUAAACUUCUCAAGUUGACACAGUGUAUCAACCGUUACACCUGCACUUGAGAACAAGGUACAGAGGGAGACCGCAGAAUGUGGGACAUCAGAGCGGCUUGAACUGGGCCUUGGAAGGUGAAGAAACUCCGGAUGCAUGCCUUGUAUCUGUGAUGGCGAACAUUCAUUGGUCAGUUUGACCAGCUUUGGAGCUGCCCAGGGGGUUGGGGGAGCACACUCCUGGGUGUGUCUGGAUGGGUCACAAAGGUGUGACCUUGAGGUCUAUAUCCAGGAAGCUGACUAAUAAAAUUUCUGAUGCAGAGAAUGAUGUGAGGGGUUUUGGGAAGUAGUGGUCAGGUGGCCACUGAUGACGAAGGCUCAGAGACCAGGGCAGUGGGUGGGGCCUGACUUUCUAUGUUGCAGGGGGGUGGGCAUCAAGUGUUUCUCAACAGGACCAUGACAUAAGGAAGGCAGGAAGGAAGCUGGCCUCUUCUCUCUUCAGUUUCUGCAUUUCCCAAGCUGUCCCCUGGUGUCACAUUUCGCUCAGGAUUUCUCAAUCAAAAGAAACAGCAGAGAGCCAUGGAUGCAGCUCAGCAGUACGAGCACCUGCCUGGCACUGAGAUGACUUGCACUGCACUUUCCUCUUCCGGUUACAGGGCUGACUCCACAUCGCUGGGCCAACUGCACAGCUGGCCAUGAUGGUGCACACCUGCGAUCCCACCAGUCAGGGAGCCUGGGGCAGAGGAUCUCCAGUUCAAGUUGGCUAAGCCCCCUUCCCACACCCACUGAGCUCCAGGAGAGCGAGAGCUCGGAGGCGCUGACAGCCGGAAGAAUGGGGCCCCUCUUCUGGUUCCCUGUGCCCGGAGGGCUUCCCUUUGUUCCUUUCUCUCACGGGCAGAAGCCACUCGGGGUGUCAUGGCUCGGAGGGGUUCCUGCCUGUCGCUGCCCGCUGUGCUGCUGGUGCUUCUGGCCUCAGGUUCCAGAGGGUCGACAGUGGUGCCCGAGGAGCUGCGGGUAGUGGUGGGACAGUCGCUGUCUGUGCGGUGCCAGUACACACCGCAGGCGGGAUCCUACGUGAGAAAAACCUGGUGUCGCCAGAUAGCUACGGGGAAGUGCACCAAAGUGAUCACCACCUCCCAGCCCCGGACGGCGGUGCAGGAGCCACGACACACAAUCUGGGACGAUCCCCAGGCUGGCUUCUUCGUCGUCAACAUCACCAACCUGAGGCAGGGUGACUCAGACCCCUACUGGUGCGGGAGCUACCACGCUUCCAAAAACACGAUCUUUAUUCUCAGAAACAUCACCCUGGUGGUGUCUGCAGCCCCAUCCACUGCUCGCACAUGGACUACCACCGGGCCCUCCACACCCACAGCUCUGGUCACUUCUGCAGAGGGGACCCCUGGCCUUUCCUUCAAUGGAUCUGAGCACAGUUCCCCCUCCUCCUGGGACGCUACUUGCCUUAAACUCCUGCUCCUGGAGUGCGGACUCCUGGCAGCCAAGGCUCUGUUGCUGGCCACGCUGUGUGUGAUUCUGUGCUACAGGUGCAGCUGGGGUGCCAAGGACACUGCGGUGACAGACAUGAUGGAGAUUUCUGAUUACACCAGCUUCAUCAAGGCCCCAGAACCCUUGGGCACAUUCAGUCACAUCCUUGGACGCAGGAGGAACACCUAUUCUCUUACCCCUGGCAACUCACCACCCCAGCCUUGUGAGCAAAACCAGUGCUCAAACCUGGGGAAGACAACACCCAGCCCCCUAGUCAUCAGUGGUAAUGAGCACUCUGAGAUUGGCUCAUCCUAUAGAGAGCGCUCUAAGCUCCACUUCCGCUGCCCUGCCCUGUCCUGCCCCCAAGCUGACCAUCCAUGAGAGGAUUAUCUAUACCAGGGCCAUCCAGCUCAGCAUCUUCUCCCAACUGCACACAUGCUCCUUGCUUUCCAGGAAACUUGCAUCCCUCCUCCUGCCUCAGCCGGGUGCUAGGACGCCUGCCGUUGCUUGACUCUGCAAUACCACACUUCCAUGUAUUCUUUCUUGCACUUGAACUCAACCCCUUGGACUGAACUUUGUCACAGGCAUCUGAGCAAGAUCUAUGAGCUGAUCCUCUUGGCUUCCUGUCUUUCCACCCCAGGUAUCCUAAUCUGAGAUAAAAAUGGCUUUAAAAUAAAUGAUGCAAUUGAAAUUAAGAAAAGAAAAAGAAACUGACAUGAAGAAAGGCUGUUAUCAGAAGACUGAAAAUAGAGGAAGUCUUAGAAGUUCAAGAAAAACUCAUUUGCAAUUAAAAUAACAGAACAGUUUGCAAGCAGAAGCCUGCACAGUCACCCACAAGUAAGAUCUGAUCACCAAGAUCCAAUGUUCUGUUUGUUAACGUAUAAGUAGUUUUGUAGCCUGAAAGAGAAAAUUAAAUUGAAUAAACCAAAUAAUUGGGUGGGGUGAAAAAAAGAAAUGUUUUAGGGAACAGAAGAAGAUAUCACAUCCAUAAAACAAGAGCAGCCUAGGGUCACAUUCAGAACAUUUAAUGUCCAGUGAGGUCUGGGCAUUGGCCACUGAACACAUUGACCACCUGGAAGGAUCAGUGUGUACCAGGUGGAUGCCAGCCAUGAAAAAGGCCACCACCCAGAGAGCACAUCCUGGACAAUACAAACCUUUUCUGCUUCUUCUUCUUCUUCUUUUUUUUUUUUCGUGGGAGGGUCAAAUACAGAAGUUUCUUCAUAUACAUUUUGGCUAGAGCCACAAAACCUUCUAUGAACACAAAACUUUUGCUUAAUUUCAUAUUUAUUCAUUAUCCUCAUUUCCUAGUUUCACCUGUCCCCUUUUCAAAAUACCCAGUUUCAUUUUUCUGUAGCUCUCUUUUUCAUCUGCACCAAAUAACUGUCGCUACACCUUUUUUACACACUUGUCACACACACAUCUGGGUACACACCCAGGCUGUAGCUCACACUCCACUGUGCUGGGUGCAGAUGUGGGCUGGCUUUCACCUCUGUGUAUUACAAUGGAUGUCUUCCAGUGUGUUCUGUGAUGGAGCCAUGGGAGACUUCCCUUAGGGUUUAUACUCAGGUGAGAUUAGCUGCAUUGAGUGAAUACUGCCUGGACUGUUGAUUACACACGGAGAGAGCAUGCACUUUCUGUGAACCUGUAGGAAACACACAGCACCACCUGUGGGCUGGUCUUGGCCAAAGAGAAAGAAAUAAGUGGGAGGUGAGAAUAAAUGUAGCUAAGCAAUGGCUUGUGUCCUGUGCAACCUUGGAAUUUUCAUAAUAAAAAUAAUACAUAAAAAUAAACACUCAUGUUAUUGCCACCAUGA